CUGACUUCAGGGAAAUGGAGCUAGGCCGCUUGUCAAUCAUCUCCAGAUGCCCCGCCUGUUGCAUUAACUAGGUGGAAGAUGCCUUUGACCCAGUGAUUGCUAGGAGACAUGUCCAGACUGGAAGAAGGCAGGGUUUGGAAGAUGACAAGCAGGACGGCCGUCGUCUUCUUUCCUGGCAGCCGACUCAGGGGCAAAGAAGCAUAAACCGGAGCUUGAUGUUUGCGUCUGCUUCCCCAAGGUCAAGAAAUUACCUCCUUAGAAGGCAACAGUACUAUGCAUGUUAUGAAUUGUGUCUCCCUGGCCAGCGAUAAGGAAAAUGGGACGGUUGCCACAGCCGCUGGGUUCAUGACCGGGCAGACAGUACCCCCAGCAUCUCCUCCACCUCCUCCUCCUCCACCACCCCCUCCCCCAUGCCCGCCGUCAGGGGAAGGCCUUUCCCCCUCCCCACCUCCACUCCCGGGGGGGCCUCCUGUGCCCCCUCCACCGCCAGGAUUACCCCCAGCUUCUCACGUGAACGGCUACAGUACCCUGGGUAAGAAGAAGCGCAUGAGAAGUUUUUUCUGGAAAACCAUCCCGGAGGAACAAGUGCGGGGCAAGACCAACAUUUGGACCUUGGCGGCCAGGCAGCAGCACCACUACCAGAUCGAUACGAAGAGCAUCGAGGAGCUGUUUGGGCAGCAGGAGGACUCGGCCAGGCCCUCCCUCCCUGGGAGGGGAGGACCGCUCUAUUCCUCCUUCAGAGACGCCCGGGAAGAGAUUACCAUCUUGGAUGCAAAACGGAGCAUGAACAUCGGGAUAUUUCUUAAGCAGUUUAAGAGGUCUCCUCAGUCCAUCGUAGAAGAUAUCCAUCAAGGAAAGAGCGAGCAUUACGGAUCAGAGACACUUCGAGAAUUUCUUAAGCUUUUGCCAGAGUCGGAAGAGGUAAAGAAGUUAAAAACGUUUAAUGGUGACGUGUCCAAGCUGUCUCUGGCCGAUUCCUUUCUUCACUACCUGAUUCAGGUGCCAAACUAUUCACUUCGAAUCGAAGCCAUGGUGCUAAAGAAGGAAUUUUUACCUUCUUGUUCUUCUCUAUACACAGAUAUCGCCAUUUUAAGAACUGCUACAAAAGAGCUCAUGUCCUGUGAGGAGCUCCAUUCAAUAUUACACUUGGUGCUCCAGGCUGGGAAUAUAAUGAAUGCGGGAGGGUAUGCUGGCAAUGCAGUAGGAUUUAAACUAUCUUCUUUGCUCAAAUUGGCAGACACAAAAGCGAACAAACCUGGGAUGAAUCUUCUGCAUUUUGUUGCACAGGAAGCUCAAAAGCAAGAUGCCAUUCUUCUAAACUUUUCUGAAAAGCUGCGUCAUGUUCAAGAGGCAGCGAGAUUAUCUCUGGAUAGCACGGAGGCAGAACUGCGCUCCCUCUUUGUCAGGACGAGAUCGCUUCAGGAAAACGUCCAACGAGAUGGGGAGCUCUGCCGGCAGAUGGAAGAUUUCCUUCAGUUUGCCUUGGAGAAGCUGUCGGAGCUGGAGCACUGGAGAUGGGAGCUGCAGGGAGAGGCUCACACCCUCAUAGAUUUUUUCUGCGAAGACAAAGAAACCAUGAAACUAGACGAAUGCUUCCAGAUAUUCAGAGAUUUCUGCGCCAGAUUCAACAAAGCAGUUAAGGACAACCACGACCGGGAGGUGCAUGAGCAGAGACAGCUGCAGCGGCUGAGGGAGCUGGAGCAGAAGCGGCGCUCGUGGACCGCAGGAGAGCUGGGGGGCUUUGGCAGGAGCAGCAGUGAGAACGACGUGGAGCUCUUGGCCAAGAAGGGCACAGAGGACCUACCCCCUUUCCUGCAACCCCGACCCACCAGCCCUUUCUACCGGCCCCCCAACAUGCGCCGCUCCCGGCUGUCGCUGGGUGCGUCUGCCGACCGGGAGCUGCUGACCUUCCUGGAGAGCACCAACGCCAGCUCCGAGGGGCCCAGCAAGUUCAACAGCCUGCCCCGCAACAGCGCCCGUCAGGCCCGGCCCGCCAUGGCCUGGAUGGAGCCCGGAGAGCCAAAGGGCCACGACCCCAACUUUGCACCCAACGCUCCCGCCUCCGGAGACCUGGAGAAAGACCCCAGCCCGCCCGCAGCUUGGCAGGGCCAGCUUCCGGGCCCGCGGGCUGCGGAGCCUGCCGCCAUCACCCCCCGAGCUCGACCCGGGGGAAUCGGGGUCCUCCGAAAGAGAAACAGUGAGCCCGUGGGCUUGGGGCCCGCACCCCCCUCCCUGCUCUCGCCACUGGCCCUGGGCGUUAAGGAGCAUGAGCUGGUGACGGGACUGACUCAGUUCGACCUCCAGGGUGCCCAGGGCCCCCCGGAGACCUCCCCACUGACCCUGAGGGACUUCAGCUCAGGGGAGCAGGAGCCCCCGGGAUGUGGCAGCCCGCAGGCCCUGCAGGCUGGCAGUGACAGCCCGCCCCCCGUGGACCAGGGCCCCCCGGAGGGCCUCUGCACACCCCCGGAGGGCAGCGGGGCCGCCCCCGGGGAGUCUGUGGGCAGCAGUGACCCCGAGAACCAGGAGCCCGGGCGCCUGUUCUACAUCUCGGACACCACCGACUGCUCGCUGACCCUGGACUGCUCGGAGGGCGCCGACUCCAGACCUGGAGACGGGGAGAGAGAGCUGGAAGGGAGCGACUCCGUGUCCCCCGGAGCCGGGGAGCUGGGGGGACCCCAGGCUCCUGUGCCCGCCUCCCCGAAAGCUGAGGUCAGCUGUAAGGCCGGCCCUCUCAAGGACAGAGCCAUCCGAGGGAAGGAUGCCGCCGCCACGCCCAAGAGGAGUUCCCUCAAAGAGGUGUCUCCGGGGGUCCCCAAGCCCGGGGGCGCGCGGCGGAGCCAGGGGGCGGCGCCCAGGGCCGUGCGGACCUUGACCUCCUGGGAGAGCGAGAGUAUGCGCAAGGUGGUCCCCAUCUCCAAGUCCAGUCGGGGCCCGGGGCCCGCCCGGGGCGCCCCCCGAGAGCCCCCCAGCAGCACAGACCCGCCACUGGCACGCCAGAGCUCGGUGCGGGGCACGGCGGACACCUCACCCAGGCGGCCCCCCGGGAGGACGGGGGUGGCCGUCCCGGCGGGCGAGGAGCCGGCCCGGGGCGGUGGCCGCCCGGGGAAGGAGGCGCCCCUGCAGCGAAGGGGGUCCCUCAAGCCCAGCGCCAAGCCCCUCAGGAACAUCCCCCGGCCCAAGCCCGAAGACAGCAAGGCCUCGCACCCCAGCUCGGACAGCCCUGGCGAAGAGCCCAGGACCCCGGCCGCCCCCAUCCCCAGCUUCGCCCGCAACACCGUGGCCUCCUCCUCCCGCUGCCUGAAAACAGACGCCCCGCCGCCGGGGGCCAAGGGCCGGGCCCUCACCAGGACGGUCUCCCAGCGGCAGCUGAAGGUCAAGGGCGGCCCCGACGACGCUGCCCCCAGGGACGGCACCCUGAGGCGGGCCAGCAGCGCCCGGGCCCCCAAAAAGUGCCCGGAAUCCCCCGAGAGGCCCGGGGCCAGCGCAGACGGCCCGCUGAAGGCCCGAGGGGCCCGGGACAGGGCCUCCCUCAGACUCAAGGACGCGGGCCGGGCCUCGCUGGGGAGAAUCCUGCAGCCCCUGCAGAAGUGAUGGCGCCCGCCAGCCUCCCUCCGCCCGCCCGGGAUGCAGACGGGAGCGCGGGCCCGCGGUGCUCCGCGUC